UGGGGCUCCGCUAGCCCCGCCCCGCUCCCCUCGGCCCCGCCCGCCUCUGCCGCCGCCAUGUUGAGGCGGUCGCUGCCCGGCGCUGGGUGAGGCCUGUGCGGGCCCGGGCGGCGGCGGCGGAGCCCAGCGAGAGGAGCCUGUCUGCGUCGUUUUCAUCAUGGGGGACAUGAAAACCCCGGACUUUGAUGACCUGCUGGCUGCUUUUGACAUUCCUGACCCAACCAGCCUUGAUGCCAAGGAAGCCAUUCAGACAGCUGGUGAGGAGAACGAAAACCAUCUAAAGCAGUCGGGAAUUUGCAUAGAUGAAAACGCGUCCUUGUCUCACACGGUGCUGGCUUCUGAUGUUCCAGUUGUGAGCGUCAUCGUGAAGAACACAUGUCGUCAAGAAUCAUUUGAGGCAGAAAAGGAAGGUAACCACCUAGGACCUGCCCUAUUGCACAAUGGAUUCCGUGGGUCUGAUCUGCCUCUAGAGACUCACAAUUAUGAGAAGUUUGAUUCUGCUUUCAUCAAUGGUGAUGGUUUGAGGAACUAUCCUGAAAAGUUGGAGCAGUCCAAGUCGGAGCCUUUGCCAACAUUCAGUCAGUUCAGCCCCAUCUCCAGUCCUGAGCCAGAGGAUUCACUCAAAGAGAACAGUAUUGUAGAUAAACCUAAACAUGCCCCGACUCCCUACUUCCCGCCACAUCCCAUGUAUAUUCCAUCGGGGUCAUCUGUGCUAGAUCUGCUUAGUAGGACCCUACCAGAGUCGGAGUUCAGUAGAUUUAUGUCAACUGGGCCAUCACUGUUAGAUCUGCUUAGUAAGAAGCUACCAGAACCAGAGUUAAGUAUGUUUGAUCAAUACUGUAAAAGAGAUCCAAAGAUAGAUGUGCAUGGACUGCAGGAGACAAGGCUGGAUGCAAGCAGGAAGGAGCAGGACACCAGUCCAGAGAAACACGAAACAUCCAGCAAAGAUCUUGUGGACACAAACAGCUUCCUCAGUGAAGGGCAGCCCCUUGGUACUUUCCAUAGCAAUAACCUGGGAGAAAGUAAAGGCUCUGCUCCCGAGAUGACAUUCUCUUCAUCUGUCCCACCUCGCCAGCGUAUCAAACCUGCUCACUCCAAGCUGUCGUCUUGCGUUGCUGCACUGGUAGCCCUUCAGGCCAAAAAGGUUGCAGGCAUCUCAAAAGAUGAUCAGGCUAAUGUGACAAAAGAGCCUUCUGGCCCCUUUAAGGAUGGCAUCAAGGGAAGCCCCAAAAUGCCAAAGUCACCAAAGAGUCCAAGAAGCCCUCUUGAGAUGGUACGGAAGGCCAGCAAGCAGCCCGAGUCUCCUCGGAGUGUCUGCAGUGACAGCAGUAGCAAAGGCUCCCCUUCCGUGGCAACUGGCUCUCCCCCAGCGAUCCCCAAAGUCAGGAUCAAAACGAUUAAAACCUCUUCCGGUGAAAUCAAAAGAAUGGUGACAAGGAUCCUGCCAGACGCAGAUGAUUUGGGCAGAUCUCCCCAAGAAUCGCCUGCGGAGAGUUCUGCAGCUGAAGAGCUUGUUAAACCCUUCCCUUCACCAGAACCAAGUGCGCCCAUGGAAAUAGAGUCGUGCAAGAGUUUUGCUAAAACUGCUGCUCAAGAGACAAAUCUAGCAAGUCCCCAAGUCGACAGUAUAAUAGCAGACAUGCCGAUGAGCAGCAUCCCCAGUGCAUCUCUCUUGGCAAGCAGCAGCAGCGGGACGAUAAAAGUCGGCAUUUUGGGACAGCAGUCAAGCAAGAAGCAGCAGCCGGGGACUGGGGCACAGCCUUGCAACCCGGCCAGCUUUCUGCCUAAAGCGGUGCACCUGGCAAAUCUCAACUUGGUUCCACACAGUGUUGCUGCUUCUGUGACUGCCAAAUCCUCCGUGCAGCGGCGUGGUCCGUCCCAGCUGACACAGAUGUCGGUGCCGCUUGUGCACCAGGUAAAGAAAGCGGCUCCUCUUGUUGUGGAGGCAUUUAACAAAGUGCUGCAUGGUGCCAAUCCUGUGCCAAUAUAUACCCCCAACCUCAGCCCUCCUCUCGACAGCAGUAUUCAUGUACCUGCGUCUGGGUAUUGUUGCCUGGAAUGCGGUGACUCGUUUGCCUUAGAAAAAAGCCUCACGCAACAUUACAGUCGGAGAAGUGUCCACAUUGAAGUCAUGUGUACUCAGUGUUCGGCAACGCUGCUUUUCUUUAACAAGUGCAGCUUGCUCAAGCACGCGAGAGAUCACAAGAGCAAAGGCUUUAUCAUGCAGUGUUCUCAGCUGUUCAUGAAACCCAUUUCUGCAGACCAAAUGUUUUCACCCUCUCCGACAAGCUCGUCAGUGUCUUCGACACCUCAGAUCGCACGUUUUCCCGCUCUUGCACAAAAGUCUUGUGUGACGUCGUCGGGAAGCGGGGCUGGGAGCGCAGCAAAUGCUCAACCCGCUCUGCCUCUGUAUGCAGAUCCAUUGAGACUCAUUCGUCAUGGAUUAAAGUGUUUUGAAUGUAAUAAGCAGGCACUGGACUAUAUUGCCCUAGCAGCGCAUUAUCAGAGAACCUCAGAAGAUAAUGACGGACUGACGUGUCAAGUUUGCCAGAUGCUGUUGCCUAACAAGUGCAGUUACUGUGCUCAUCAAAGAAUCCAUGCCCACAAAUCCCCUUAUUGUUGCCCAGAGUGUGGCGCCAUUUGCCGGUCGGCCUAUUUCCAAACCCAUGUCAAGGAGAACUGCCUGCAUUACUCACGCAAAGUUGGCUACAGGUGCACUCAUUGUGGGGUUGUCUUCAUGUCACAAGCGAUGCUGAAAGUGCACAUUCACGAGAAACACUGUGAAGUCUUCCACAAGUGUGCGUUCUGCCCGAUGGCCUUCAAGUCUGCAGACAGCACCACUGCCCACAUCACCAGCCAGCACCCUGCAGAACCUCACAAGACAUCUCAGGUGAUCUACAAAUGCUCUUGUGAGACGGUCUUUAACAAGAAGAGGCUUCUGCAGGAGCACUUCCAGCAGAACGCCAACAGGCUGAUGGUGGGAGUGUUCAAGUGUCCACAUUGCCAGCUGGUGUAUAUGCAGAAACUACAGCUCAUGCAACAUGUCAAGAGCAUCCACGGGGUACCUGAAAAUCCCGAGGACCUUGCUAGCUCCCGACAGAAGGCAGAAACAGCAACGAGCAGUAGCGUCCUCCCAACAUCCAAGGAGCUAUCGGUCAUCAAUGGGACUUCCCAGGCUGCUUUGUCAGCGAAGGACACAAGCCCCGAAUCCAAACCCAAGCCAAAGCCCUGCAGCUGGACUUGUCGGGAGUGUUCACAGUGGAUCCCUGACCGAGAAACCUACGUGUCUCAUAUGAAGAAAAGCCAUGGAAAGAAUGUGAAGAGGUAUCCUUGCCGGCAGUGUGAGCGGUCAUUCAAUGCCUCCAAUAGUCUGCGCAGACACACUCGCAAUAAUCAUGACACAGCAAAGAAAGUGUAUACUUGCUGGUACUGCACAGAUGAAGUUCAGACGUUUUCUCAGCCAUCAAUGCUGGAGAGUCACAUCAGUCUCAUGCAUGGCAUCAAAAACCCAGACCUUUCCCAGAUAUCCAAAGCUAAAGCUCCAGCAGAAGAUUCGAUAAAAGCAAAAUCUCCAAAGAGGGUAUCCACAGAUGGCUUGGAGCAAAUGAAAUCUACAGCAGCAGGAUCUGAGGAUCCCCCCGCAAAAAAACUGAAGGCACACUGGAAAUGUGCAAAAUGUGGAUUUGCUACAGCCAGUGACACUGAAUUUCAGGAACACAUACCUCGGCACAAGUCAGACAGCUCCACUUUUCAGUGCCUGCUCUGUGGCUUGUGUUAUACGUCUCACAUCUCUCUGAAUAGGCACCUCUUCAUUGUUCACAAAGUAAAAGAUCCAGAGGAGGAGCAGGAGCAGGAGGAGCAAGAACCAGAGAAUGAAAAAGAGGGGCUAGAAACUGAGUCAAACGAGAACGGACUUGUAGAAUCUAACAGCGAGACAAGCGUUGCAGAAGAGGAAGGAGGUGGUUCAAAGAGCAAAGACUGUGAGCGGGAUUCCACAGCGUGUGAUGUCGGGAAGCCCAACUCUCAGAACAAACGUUCAAAGUCUCCAAACGUUUGAGUGUGCAUUUUUGCCUCCCCUACAAGGUUGAUUGCAGACGGCGGACAUUCUUAAAUAUGCUGUCGGGUUUCGUGAAGUGGGCUCUGCAUUCCAUUCACUUUAAUCAGUAAGGGAAAUUUUAAAAAAAACAAAGCAACUGCCACAUCCCUGUCGCAUUGCAUAUGUAACAGAUGUGAGAGGAAGAGAAAGGGAAUGUGUGGUGGUGAUGAUGUCCAGCUGAACCAUGACCUGAAGCUUCAGGGUAAGGAGCACUUUUCUGCGUCCCCACCCCCCAGAACAAAAGGAACUCUCAGUGCCACGCAAGGCUCCCUGCCAACAGCUCAGUCUCACUUUUCCUUUUCUCCUUUUUCACGAGUAUUGUCUUCUGGCCUUUUCCUUCCUUGUCCAAUUGUACCAAGUUCUCUCUGUCAGGACGACACAAGCCUAUGUUAAGCCUUUGGGGUUUUUGUUUUGAGCCACUGAGGUUUCACUGCCCUAGAAUCGUGUCACAUGCCACCCUUAACUUUUCAGCCAGGCCACAGAUAAGCUCAAAAUACGGUUUUGUUUUUAAUUUGGAACUCUUUAGAAAAGAUCUGUUUCAAUAUUAGUAAAUCAUCUUCCCCCCAAACUUGCACAAGCACGAUUUUAUUGGGUGUGUGUGUGUGUGUGUGUGUGUGUGUGUGUAGUCAAGCUGUGUCCACCCCUAAACUGGUUGCACCAUUGCAAUGAGACCUCCAGUGUUGGGAGCUCUCCCGUGCUCAGAACACGGCCGGGCUGCACUGGCACUCAUGGCAAGCUGAAGCAGAAAAUCAUCCCCUUGAGAAGUUGCUGUCGCGGAUGGUCUGGCCGUGUUGCCCAAGGCCUGUGCCCCCUUCCCCACUGAGCAGAUAGCCAUUUAAUAAGAAUCGAGGCCCAUACAUAUGAAAUGUCUGCAUCAGCAAGCAUCUACACCAGGGAUUCUCAAAGUUGGGUCCCCAGAUGUUUUUGGACUUCAACUCCCAUAAUCCCCAGCCCCAGUGGCCUUUGGUUGGGAACUAUGGGAGUUGAAGUCCAAUAACAUCUGGGGACCCAACGUUGAGAAUCCCUGAUCUACACUAUGGGAAAAGACAGAGGAGGGCUUGCUUCCAUGACUGAAGAUCCUCCUUUUUGUAGGGCUAGCUUAUCCUUCUAUGGCAGUUCCUCCUGUUGCUGUAACAGCCAGAGCAGAGUUGCCCUGUAAGACCUUCAGUCACGUGAAAAGAUGUUGUAGGAGAAACUGCAGGAAGGACCACCUCUCUGUUCCAUACCCCACACGGCUUGGUCAAUGUCCCAUCAGUGUUUCGGCAGGGAGCAUUCCAGACUCACGGUGAAGCAAGGAGAAGAGAGUGGUCAGUACCAAGAAUGUUUGCUCACGGAGAAAUCACGGCUCCGUCCGCUUCAAGUGCUCAGACUCUUUCGAUAGCACAUCGCCCCAUCUAGCACAUCUGGCUGGAGGUUGGUUUCCAUACAGUCGCAUUGACCAUCUGUUCCAUUUUUUCCUCAUGCGUGCUUUUCUCAUGCUUUGUGUAAUAUUACUUUUUAUACGGUUUUUUUUUAAUGUUUGAGUCAGAAUCCUGCUCACUGUUUACUAUAAAUAAUUUAAAAAAACCUAUUUAUCUUAUUGCAUUUGAAUUGCUGACUUUCUCGUCUGAACGUGUUUUGAUAAAACCCUUUGUAUUUUUUGAUACUGUGUACAUUUAGUAUAGGGAAUGUUUUACAAGGUAGCCUAGCUAAAGUAACAAUAGCAGGGGGGUAGGGGUCACUCCCAAGCCAUCACAUAUCUAUUUAAUCUGCAGUGGCAUCUGUGCCUUGCUAUAAUGUUUACUUCAAAGUAUUUCAAAUAAAACCAUCUAACAAUG